AUGCUCGGUCAUGCCGCACUGGCUGAAAUCGUGAUACUGUAUAGGCAAGCCCACUACGGCCAACUAGCGCAGCGGCAGCCCCGCCGCAUCGGCGAGGUCGAGCACACGGUCCAGUUCCGGGCCCAGCCACUGGCUCGCUGCACCGCGACAGCCAAAGCUGCCCACCAGCGUCUUGUCCAGGCGAAGGCGGCAGCGGCUCGCAAGUCUCGAACGAGCCGCUGCUCGAACGAGCCGCUGCGCUGCUUCGCUCCAGCGUCCCCCCAACUUCGGAGCCAAGCACGACGUGCUGCUGCGGAGCACAUCGGGAGAGCGCCAGACGGGAACCAAUGGAUGUUGCAAUCUUGGAUGGCAAGUAAGAUUGAUCCUUCUCUGUAUCCGGCGGCGGGGGACGCCGUAUUGGGUUCCUCCUGUGCGCUGGUUGCGCCGGCACUGCUCCCGGGUGGUAGAGGGCAGAAUGCCCUCUUCAUCAUGAUGGCAAAUCUUGCCGCCACCUCGGCGCGCCGUUGCAUCCAACCGGAAGAGGUCGGCCAGCAACUCCUGAGACCUUGUAUUGUGGAGUUGCAUCAUGGUGAAGCUUUGUUUGCGCGGCAUCAUCUAUUUCGGUUAUGGCUACUUUGCCGAGUAUCCCAGUUUGCUGACAGUGGUGCGAAGUACGAAGCCGUCAACGACCCGGAUACGGCCGAUGCGAGGGUCGAGCCAUCGACCUACACCAUCACUGACGGAUCUUACGAUGUUUACAGGCGGAGCCUGUGGGAUUAG